UGGAGAUGAACAAAGUGCAAAGAAAUUCUAACUAAACGCACGGAAAAUUGGCCGCAUCGGCGGGCGGACAAACGGCAGUGAUCGAUCGUGCACCCCGUGCGUGCAAAGAUGGUGCAGAAGAAGGGGACAAGUUUCAGCUGUGAUUAGAAAAAGGCUCGCGCGAGUUUCGUAUCGAAAAUCCCGUUCCCGAAGUGGUGCGCGUUACCGCGAGCUGGCUGAUUCGUCACGCUCAUCACAUCCGCCUCGAUUCGCUGCUCUUCGGUGCGAUUCCGCGAUUACGACGCGAUUGCAGGCAAAUUGGUGAUUGAAACCGAGCGGUCGUGACCCGGGGCGAUUGAAUGCGUAAUAUCUCGGCACUUCAUAAUCAUCGUCCGUCCGCUCGAUCGCUGGCUCGUUGCUGAGGCCACUGCUGAUGGUGGUGCUGCUGCUACGAAUAAGAUUUCAUCGCGUUCUUUAAUCUCAACCGCCCCACCGCCUCGUUCUGCUCCGUGCACACACCAUGGCUUACAUUAACGUUGCCGAAUGGAGUCCCGAUAUGGUGACGGACUGGCUAAAAGGUCUGGACAACUCGAUGUACCAUUAUGUGCAAUCGUUCACCAACAACGGCGUCGGAGGCAAACAACUACUAAACAUCCGCCCGUACGAGCUCGAGCAGCUCGGCAUGCACCUGAUCGGACACCAGGAAAUCGUGCUAGAGGCCGUCGAAAAUUUGAAGAAUUUCAACUAUAACCUGGACAAGGAGAACCUACAGUUUCUGGCGCUUCACGUAGCGACGGCCGCACACUCGCUUACCAAACAGCUGGAGUACUCCGACCAGCAGAAGCUGGAAACGGCCGUACUGAAGGAUAUUACGCGUACGAUCACCCACCUGAAAGCGCUGAUCGAGUGGCUCGAUCGCGCCCCAUUCAAAGGUUUACGCAAAUUUGACGAACUUCGUAAACAAUGCAUGCGCUUUGGGCUGGAAAUGGCAACCGUGGGCAUGCGCGAUCGGUUCUCUAUCAAUCCUGUGCAAGCGAUCCACAGUAAUGCCGUCAAGUUAGCCGAUAUCGGUGAGUACAUCAUAAAGGACAUCACCGAUCCGAUCAUUCUGCAGCCGGCUUCGCUCGAUCUCGUGACGCUCAAGAAGCGAGAGUCGGAUCUUGGGUUUCUUAUUAUGCAAAGUUUUCACGGCAUUCACCGAAUUACCGAAAUAAAGUUCAACUCGCCCGCCCACAAUUCCGGCAAGGUCGAGGAGGGCGAUGAGAUAGUGCAAAUCAACUACCAGACCGUGGUCGGCUGGGAGUACAAAAAGGUGCUGCUGCAGCUACAGGAGUCGCCGCCAGAUGUGCUACUUACGCUAAAGAAGCGCCCGAAGCACAUCAAAAUCUACGGCCAGAUAUACAUCAAACCGUACCGCCUGCCAAGCAAGAAACGCUCGCAACCAUACCGCUGGGGCGAAAGCUUACCGAGCCCGCGCACCACGGACACGUUCGCGCUGCAAGACUUCUCGCUGCCGCUGGAACGCGUUCCAGAGAAACAGGUUCCGUCGGACACGGAAUCGGAAGGUAGCGAUAUAUUGACGCCAACGGAUGUGAAGGAAGCGGAAAAGGAGAUCCGGCUCUACCUACCGAAACCUCGUGCCGUUCUGCAACGGAGACAUACGUUGUCCAGUUUUAAGGAUCUUGUCGGUGUAGGCACGUGGUACGAUAGGACGGCAGCAGGCGGGAAGCGACCGUUGGCGAGUGAGAUGCAAAGUUUGCGUGAUAAAUCGGUUUCAUUUGGAUUCGGGCUGGAGAUGGCUCCUCGGCCGACGACCACCUGCCUAGGGUUGGUUACAAUGAACGAAGGUGAAGGCGAUACGGGAGCACCCGGGAAGUGUGCCAGUUUCGGGGGCUUACAGAGCUCACUGCCCGAUAUUAUACCAUCAGAAGUGAACCGAUCGCGACCUGAAGCAUCACCUAACGAGCGAUCGGUGUCGGGGAGUGGUGGGAAAAGUGCACGCGAUGGUUCCGAACAGAAUGGCGAAAGUGACGCUUACAAAGCGGGCGUAUCGAAAGUGGUGCGGUUCGAGUCCAGCUCCAAAGCUGACGAGUGCCAUGUCGACUCGAAGUACAGCUGUAAGGUGGAUAGUACGGUGCUGGAAACGUUCGAACCGAUUCCCUAUGUGGAUGAAGAUCUUCCCGUCGUGACGCCGCCCGGGAAGCGACCAUCAGUUACCGAGCGCGUUAGGAGGUUCGAAUCGUUUGGCAAUCGUUCCGCAGCAACGACCAUCACAACGAGCGCUCAUCACAGCGCUGGAAGCGCUCCGGGUCAGUUCGCGGUUAGUUCAACGACGAGUACAUCGGCGACCUCGGCACCAGUGAAACCUAUUCCCAUGCAGCGCAAUCUAUCAAAAGAUCCUGAAGCAUUAGCGGAAGCCAUCAACACCGUCGUCGUUAAUCGAGAGAUGGUUAAGCGAGGCAGGCUUGAUAAAAGCUACAGUACGCCAGCAUACGACGACGAGCUGGGUGAUAUGCCACCGGCCAUCGAACCUCGCAAGGAACAUCUACUAAAGGCACCACCAGUGCCUCCACCGCGACCAAGACGCACCCUGGAGACCCUGAGCGUUCCGCUCCAAGAGAAACUGCCACAAGCAGCAGCACCGCAAACACCUUUCUCACCCGAACCAGGAUUCGUUUCGUCGCUAAGCAAUGUGCUCGAUAACCGUGAUGAUCAUUCCAACAAAUCCAAGCUGGCCAACGUGAUCGAUUUGAAGCAAAAUCGUGCACAACCUCAACCAUCACCGGGGGCAAUGGGUGCGCUUGUAUCUACCCCACCGAAACCUGCCGAACGAAGUGCUACCAGUACCACUAUCGGCGCCAUCGCUGCUACAGUCACACCAAGCUCGCUUCCACCAGUGCCAGCAUCGCGAUCGACAGUUACUCCGCCGGGGGCGAAGGAGUCUCCAACCGCAACGGCCAUCGUCCCAAGCAUAGCCAGUGAUGGAUGCAGCUCUUCGGAGUUGCUGACUCCCAACAAAACGAAAAGCCUUACGAUGAAGAAGAAAAACUCACUUCUCUCGAAACGCCGCAAUGUGUCGCUGAAAACGCUCUGCGUUAGUGACAUCCAGGGUCAUCUGUAUCGGCGCACAAAGGAUCGAAGUGGCGUCUCGUACUGGGCAAAGUACUACUUUGUGCUGAUUGAGACAACGCUGUACGGGUUUCGUAGCAAAGAAGCGCCGAAAGCCAACAGUAUGAUCUUUCUGGCUGGUUUUACCGUUUCUACGGCGACAGAAGUUCAUUCGCGACCUCAUGCCUUCAAGGUGUACCACCCGAAUAAAACGUUCUACCUGGCGGCCGAAACCAAGGAAGCGCUCGUGCAGUGGAUGGAGUACAUUAAGCAUGCAACGCUCAAGGGCGGAACUGGCACCAUUGGAGGGAGCGCAAGUAGUGGUAACUCCUCCACGAUAGAGUACAAUAUGCGCGAACUGUUCUCGGAAACGGACAGCUCCGACGAAGAGAUCGGUCUGAUGGACAGUACGACGAAGCUGAACGUACUCUGCACACCGUCUCCGCAGCUAUCAUCGUCACACUCGUUGAUUGGUGGAUUAACCGAGGGCACCCCUACCUCCAGCAAGCAGGACAACCGGUAUCAUUUGAACUUUGGUUCACUGAAAAAGUUCACCAAAAUGGGUACGGAUGCUUCCGAGCGAUCGGCAGGAACAGGGACGUCGACCUCUGCGGGUGGAAACAGCAGCGAGGGAAGCAAGUUUUUCGGGUUCUUCUCUCACCGCAGCGUAGAGAAAAGCAACUCGAGCGAAAUGCCCGUACCGACGUCACAGUUCAAGAGCUACCGAAAGGUACCGGGGGCGGGAGGAUUGCAGAUCGGAACGGCAUCAACAGAUGCCUUCCCACUACCAACGCUAGUUGGUACGUCCAGUGCGGGACUCAAUGGAACGAUGAGUGCUAGUAAUCUAUCUCUCGUGUCCGUCAACGGAACGACAACGGCGCUAGUCACGCCAACACCGACGACCGCGAGCGAGGGCAUUCGAAAUCAACCGCCCGUGCCACCGCCACGUCCAACGACGCCCAGUUCUCCGAUGCCAGCCACCAUACCAUCGCCACCAUCGAUCGUAAUUCGUGAACCGAUGACACCGACGAUCAGUGAAGCGGCCGAACUGUUGAAUCGUGCCCGGAAGUCAAAACGCAUCUCACCGCAUAACUAUAUCCACGCUUCGAACCCGAACCUUGUGGAGUUUGACUUUCAAACAUCGAAAGCGAUGGAUUUCUCCGUGCCGAAGAUACACUCCGGCAAUGCAUGGGACACCAGCACACACUCGCACAGCAACCUACAGUCGAUGAUUACGCUGAAGGAUCUAAUGCUGCAGAAGCAAGCCGAAGAGGCGCAGGAUAUGUAUAAUAAGCGCGUUUGUCUUGGGGUCGAGAAGUUGGACGAACGAGGCAAGAAGCUAUUCACUGCUGGCACAGCGAUGGGUAGCGGUGCGAACAGCGAGCACGACCGUGAGUCCGCAAGGGGUUCUUCGGUGUCGACAGCUGCACCAGCCAUACCAGAAGCGGUAAACAAGAUCCAACGGCGUCAGCUACCAAUAACGCCAGACUAUGCCCAGAGCUUCAAGCUAGACGAUGAGGAUAUUCUGUACACGCGCAGUAAGGAGGGCCAGAAGUUGCGUGACUUUGGCUACGAGAUGAUCUCCGGCGACGAUGCGUUCGAUCAGCGUAAUCGAACAAAUCGAUCUUUCAGUGCGAUUCAGGGUCAUGGCGGUGCGGCGGUAGCAGGAAGUAGCCAUGGCAACGGAAACGGCAGCACUAGUAGCGGUGGUUCGAUUAAGAAGAAAACAUUCAACUGGAUCAACUCAUCAGAUCGCAGGGGAACAGAUGCUUCCGCGGAUAGAGGAUCGUCCAACGGCGGUGAUGGUGGUAGUCACCAGUCGGCGGCUACCAGUUCCGCUUCUACGAGCGUUGGCCCGAUGGUAUCGGGCGGUGGCUCAACAGUUUCUCUCUCGCUGCGCGAUAGCUUCAAACGCAGCAAAAACAAAGCGGUCAUUGGUCGGCUCGAUAACAUUAAGGCCAGCAGUGAGAAACUGUUUCAGUUCAAGCAAUCAACGGGUAGCGGAGGAAAUAGCAGCAGCAGUAACAACAACGAUAAGGAAUCCCUUAAAACGAAGCAGCUAGACAAAGCGGGCGCCCCAAGCGUAAUGCUGAUGAAUGUGAAUCUAAAACACCAACCGACGUCGAUGGCCUUCAGUGUCGGUGGCAACAAGAAGAACAAUAACGAAAUCAGUGCGGCCCUGGAGCACCAUUCGGCGCUGCUGUUUCAGCAGGCCAAUGCCGGCUCGGUGCCCAUGGGUGGCAUUAAGAAGUCCAAUACUUGUAACAGUUCGUCGGAUUUCAAAGAGAACUCGGGCAAGAUGCCGAAUGUGCGGAAAAACUCUGCGCCCGAGAGAAGCACUGGCGGCACGGGACAGAAUGGUGGAUCGAGCAGCAGCAACAGUACCGCAUCUUACUUCACGAGCCUGUCCUUUGGGCGAUCUAAAACGACCAAGGAGAAACGGUGGCUCUCUUCUCCUAGGUUUCAUCGAGCGAUCUUUGGUAAAAACAACCACACUAACGAUCACCAACCGACCGUUAUCGAUCACGAAGUGUUCUCACCCAUCUCGUACACGAAGGCUCCACUAGUACAGCAGCUUUCUUCGAGUGCUUCCGAGAGUUCGACGACGAUGCUCGCGGGAGAGAGUGGUGGUCAAUCGUCGUCUGGCAGUGCCAGCCUGUUGAGUAGCAGCAUGUCGAACAGUUCCACCGGUACCGUGCUAACGACCAGCUUCGGUCCCAAUGGAGCCGUUUCGCGUAACUCGCCCGAUUACCCUAAUAUGGAGUAUCCGCCCGUCUUUGAGCCGGAAACCUACUCGCUUAGCGAUCCCAACACAAGCCAAACGCUACUAAAACGACGGCAGAACCAUCACCACCACCCACAGCAACCGCAUCACCCGCAGCAUAAAUGACGACGCGGUAAGCGGCUACCAACGGUCCGGGAGCAUGAAAUGGGAUAGAUUUUCCAGCAUGAUGAUGUGCUUGAUGAUUGCUCCUUUUUGGUGGGAUUUUUAUUAUUAUUUAUUCCUUUUUUCUCGGUUGAAACGCUGUUAGUGUCGAGUCUCUUGUGCCAGAAAUGAUUGAUAAGGUAAACGGAUUUCGCAUGGGCCAUCGCUGUUGGUAUGGCGUUUACGCCUGGUGUAUGAUGGAUCCAACCGGAGGCUAUGCCUACGUACGUAAUGAUAGAAAGCAAAUGCUACGUAUGUCUUGUAUAAUUCAAACCGGAGUGCGAGCAUAGGUAGGUUGCAAAGCGUAUAGCGUGUGUGUUUGUGAAUGUAUGUGUGUGUUUGUCGGUGACCUAGAGCAAGAAUGCAUUCAAACGAGCCGUAGUUCAAAUUGUGAUUUUAGAGCAUACAUUUCAUUCAAUGGUUUUGAAAGGACUAGUACGCACACGUUAAAAAUCGGUUCCGCUUUGCGGAUUCUAGGAGCAAUUGGUGUGCAUGUUGUGCUACGUGGUGGAUAGUAAACAUUUUUCAGUUUUAGAUUUAUUGUAAGGAGAAAAUCAUGAUAUUUAUGCAAAAAUGCAUCUAUGAAGCUGCGAAAGCACCUACACAAACCCUAUUAACUUAUGAGGCCAUACGUUUAUACUGUCUGUCUUCAAAGAAGUCGUUUGAGAUAGGAACAGGUAUAAAAUCGUUGGCGUAAACUACUAGAACUUAUGAGCUACAUUGCGAAGCCAUUAUUAGCAUUGUGGGGUUGUGAGAGAGAUUAAAAAAAGAAAAAAAAAUGGCAGAGACGUGUGGAAGGAGCAACAAAGAAGACACCAAUAUUCUACCCGUUUGUCAUAGAUGAUGAUGUUCGACAAUGAGUGUGUACCCAUACAUUCCUAAGCUGUGCAUUCUAUGCCUCGCGCCAACGGAAUGCGACAGGAAGAGCCGAGUGCGGGAGAGGAGUGCGGCAGAUAGCGUACCACUAGUUCCUCCCCUUAUAACCAUAGGCCAUCGUUAGCACGCUACUAGCAUCUUUCGUCGUGGUGCGUAUAGUGUUUGGUAAAAGUGCAUUGUUAAGCCUGUUUUCAGCACGACACGUAGAAUAAUAAAUAGUGCCUUACAAGUA